GAUUUUUCGUGAUUGAUGAACAGACGCAUUCGACUGUUGUGAUUGUGACUCAACAUAUAGUGCCCAAUGAUCACGUUGGCUUACUUCAGCAGAUUUCAGCGCAUGUUUGCUAUACAAUUGAAUCGUUACACGACGGCGGACAGUGGGGAUGAAAACAAUUAAUAAACAAUUUCAAACAAAAUUGUCUACAUGUACAGUUAAAUAGACCUCACCUUCGUCGCCUAUGAGUAACGAGAAGGAAUCCAGGAUGAGCCAGUUACAAUUCUCACCACCAUUCGACAAACUACAGAGUACGGCGUGGAAAAAGCGACAGCAGGCGGUGUGUUUGAGCCACGCGUUCAAACACUACGGCUCCAAGAAACGGUCCAACCAUGUUCUCGUAAAUUUGAACAUGACUGUUUCCAAAGGCAUGAUAUACGGCCUGCUUGGAGCUUCUGGCUGUGGGAAGACCACACUGCUGUCCUGCAUUGUGGGGCGACGGUCACUCAACAGCGGCGAGAUUUGGGUUCUAGGCGGUAAACCGGGGACUAAGGGUUCUGGUGUACCCGGAAAGCGUGUGGGUUACAUGCCACAGGAAAUAGCUCUGUACGGAGAGUUCACUAUCAAGGAGACCAUGAUGUACUUCGGCUGGAUCUUCGGCAUGGAGACCGGGCGGAUCGCCGAGCGUCUCACUUUCCUUCUAAACUUCCUCGAUUUACCCAGCGGGAACAGAAUGGUGAAGAACCUUAGCGGUGGGCAGCAGCGUCGCGUUUCGUUCGCCGUGGCUCUAUUGCACGACCCGGAUCUGUUGAUCCUGGACGAGCCCACCGUGGGCGUGGACCCACUGUUGCGACACGCCAUAUGGAGGCACCUAGUGCGGCUCACCAGCGCGGGCGACAAGACGGUCAUCAUCACCACGCACUAUAUUGAGGAGGCGCGCCAGGCACAUUGCAUCGGUCUGAUGAGGGGCGGCAGGCUGCUGGCCGAGGAGUCUCCCCAGGCGCUGCUUACCAUGUACAACUGCAUAUCGCUGGAAGACGUCUUCCUGAAGUUGUCAAGGGAGCAAGCCGGUCAGAAGAGCGCCGUUGUUGAGUUGAAUAUGUUCGGCGGCGGUCUCGGGCUGAACAAGAUGUCGAAACGCGAGGAGGCGCCGUACGCGGCCGAGGACGAAUACGUGGUCGGGCUCAACUUCCAGGUGAUCAACCAGAGCAAGGAGGCGCUCAUCGUGGAUAACGGGGACGUGAGUCUGCCCGGCAAGGUGAUAGAGGCUGUCACUAAUGAGUGCAACGACUGUGGAGGCUGCUUUAACGUGACGUCACACGGCAAGAUAAAGGCCCUAAUCCAAAAGAAUAUCCUACGGAUGUGGCGCAACGUGGGCGUGAUGAUGUUCAUUUUCGUGCUGCCCGUCAUGCAGGUCAUUCUGUUCUGCCUGGCCAUAGGGAGGGACCCAACUGAUCUCAAACUGGCUAUAGUGAACGAUGACGCACAACUAGUGAAUGGGGAAUGCAUGUUCAACUCUUCUUGCUCAAUGAAGAACUUGUCGUGUCGCUACCUAAGCCACCUCACCGAGCACACGCGACAAAUACACUACGCCAACCUCAGCGCCGCGCAAGAUGCCGUGAAGCAAGGACACGUCUGGGGAGUGCUGUUCUUCAACGAGAAAUACUCCGAUUCCCUGGUUGCGAGACUUGCGUUAGCUGACGCCGCUGACGAGGAGACGGUGCGCCUGUCUGACGUCCAGGUGUGGCUCGACAUGUCCAACCAGCACAUCGGCCUCACGCUCAACCGGGACAUACUCUACGCCUAUAGGGACUUCGCACAGGAUCUGCUGGAGCGGUGCGAGUACAACCCGAAGCUGGGUGACAUCCCCAUUGAGUUCCUGGACCCCAUCUACGGCAACGAAGACCCUUCGUUUACGGACUUUGUUGCCCCAGGUGUCAUCAUCACAAUCGUGUUCUUCCUCGCCGUCGCUCUGACUUCAUCGGCUCUAAUCGUGGAGCGCGCGGAAGGUCUCCUCGACCGUUCAUGGGUGGCGGGCGUCUCCCCGGGCGAACUCCUGUUCUCCCACGUGGUGACGCAGUUCGCAGUGAUGUGCGGCCAAACUGCGCUAGUACUGAUAUUCAUGAUCCUCGUGUUCGGAGUGGAGAACCACGGCAAUAUCGGCCACGUGAUUACGCUCACCAUACUGCAGGGUCUAUGCGGCAUGUGCUUCGGUUUCGUAAUAUCAGCGGUGUGCGAGCUGGAACGAAACGCAAUCCAAUUGGCUCUGGGCUCGUUCUAUCCGACGCUGCUUCUCAGUGGCGUCAUCUGGCCCGUAGAAGGAAUGCCUUUAUUUCUACGCUACGUGUCGUUCUGUCUCCCUCUUACGCUUGCUACUAACAGCCUGAGGUCUAUUCUCACGCGCGGUUGGCCGCUGACCGACUCGGAUGUUUACAUGGGCUUCGUAUCCACCCUUAUAUGGAUCGCUGUCUUUAUGACGCUCACACUCACUAUACUGAAGCUGAAGAAGAACUAAACGCAUUCCACUAUUUAAAAAAUCGACACCUAUCUAGGAAGGUGUAAAAGGCUGAUUCGCGUUCCAUUUUUCAUAGUAGUAAUAGACGCAGGUGUUACAUUCUGGUUUAAAACAAACCUUCAUAAGAAAUUCAAAAAAAAAAAUACAGGCCGAUUCUCAUUUUUAUACAACCGAUCUAAUUUCUUUUUAUUUACAUUUAGUCUUUGCCACUACCCCUCGCACUGCCGGCAAUUAUUUUGCAUUUUAAUUUUAUAUUUUCCAGUCCACGUUUAGCUAACGCGAACAUGUUCGAAUUUCAAAUACUUUAUCCGGAAAAAGGCUAUGUUUACUCUUGUUUGUUUUAGUUUUGUUAUUUAUUUCACGUAAUUACACGGCAUGCUGCACCUAGCAACCCAGUUUUUAAGGGUGCUUGCACACGGUGCAAGUAACUUGAGCAUGUUGUGGCACUUGCGCAGUCUAUAGGCAUCCUGAAAAUACCGUGCAAACUUUGGAGGGUGUUUUGCACUUUGAUAUGAGAUUUGAACAAUGGUCACUGUUUGUGUUAUGUACACAAACCAAAAACAUUAUCAGAAAGUAAAUAAACGUCCAGUCUACAAAAGUCGACUCAGUAAAUACAGCUUCAUUAUGCCAUCACAAAGUGUACGAGAUUUCUAUUUACUUCGUAUCAUGUAUAGAGACUGCUAAAUCUCAA